AUGGAGAAUAGCCCGAAGCGCCGGUCGCCUGGCGCCCAUAUCGCAGAGGCCCAGCCGCCGGAUGCUCAAUCCGUGUAUCGUGGAUCCGAUGGCGAUGCAAUUGGGGCAGUACCGCCUGUGGUUGCAGGUGGUUACAUUGUGGGCGAGCGUCCGGCCCUUUUGAACGGCGGUCGCUCCCUAGCGGUGGUGAACAACCAGAAGUCCACUAUCUACGACUGCAAACGAGGUCAGAAAGUGGCGGAUUGUACGCUUCACGAUGAUAUGAUCGUUUCCUGCGACACCUUCGCAUAUGCAGACAACAUACAUCUUGUUUUUACGGCGUCCAACGAUGGAAUAUUGAAGAUUCUAGCGGUGGUGCUGCAGGAUGGCGGUGGAGAGGAGCGAGCCCUGCUGGCGACGUUCCGCAUCUCGGACGGGGGGCUGCUCAGCGUUAGGCCUGCGAAAUCAAGCGGACAGCUGAUCGGCGUAUACUCUAGUGGCGAGAAUACGGAAGAAACACAUGUCGGCCUCAUUGAACUGGAUUAUGCGGCACUGCUGGAUCCGGAUAUCCAGUUUCCACUCGAUGAACCGAUACCGAUCUAUGGCAGUGGCGUGGGUAGCGACAGCGGAGAUCAUGAGGGCUUCGUUAACACCGAAAGCCCGAUGAAUGCGGGUGCCUCUAAGCGAAAAUUAGCUGUGAAAGAGGCGAUAAAUGGGGUUGUUGCCAAAAGUGCAGUCGAUGACAGUGGGUUUUCAUAUGACACAACCGGAGGUGAUGGAUCGGAAAAUAUGAGUAAUGGCCAACACGAUGGAACAGCGAGGAGAUCAGAUGAUUCUGGAGACAAUGUCGAUUUACAUCGCACAUUACACAAGAAAUUCGUCAGAUCCCGCCGGACUCUAUGUGUACUGCCAUCAAGAGUGGAUGUCUUUGCGACAGAUGCGGAGGUCGACGCCAUCGCGUUCGCAGUUGGGAAAACCGCCAUGAUACUGAAUAUGGCGGCGCGCAAGAUAGUGUUCUUCGAGUGCUUCGCAAGCAUCAGCUGCAUCGCAUUCUCGGAUGCCAAUACAUUCGCUGUGGGUGACUCGAGGGGCAGGAUUACUGUAUACAGCAUCGACCCAACGAAGGAAACGCCCGCCACCGACAACCUUGUGAUGACCUGCAACCUACCGAACGAUACGUUCGAGCUCAAUGCCAAGCAGUUCAGAAAAGUGCUGCUGGCAUUCCACUCGUCGUAUGCGGUCAUCCGGGAUGGAUCGGACAUGGGGGCUUUUGAAAACUUUAAAAAGGUUACUGUGUCUGUCAACACGCUCAUAUGGCAUGCCCAUGGAGUUAACUGUCUGGCCUUCAAUUCCAACAGUACGAUGCUUCUGUCGGGUGGGGAGGAAGGCGUUUUGGUGGUGUGGCACCUCAAUUCCGGCGCCAAGAAAUUCGUCACGCGCCUGGGCUCCGCGAUAUUUCACAUAUUGUGCCAGCCGGACCACGGAUGGUAUAUACUCUGCUGCGAAGCCAACGAGAUACUCUUCAUCGACCCUUUUGCGCUGUGCAUACGUGGCAGAAUAGCUGGUGUGGCGGUACCGGUGUACGUGGGAAUGAAGGUGAACAAGGAUGUCAGCCUUACCUCAAUGCCUCACGGAGCCUCUUCAGCCGCUUUGGCAGGCGGCGUCCAUGUCGACAUCAACCGGGCAAAUGUAUCGCUAACGAUAGGUGACUGUCCUACGACACCACUUAUUGAGCACUGGCCGAUGACAGUCGCAGACUGGAUAUCGCCGGCUGGCGACAGGCCUCCUCCAGAGGUUGUGGGAGGCAAUGUUGCCGUCUACUCACGGUCCAACAAGCUGCAGAUCUACAAUUAUGUUCAUGACCGCGAAGUUGGGUCGCUCACGUUGAAAAACGUCAAUAUAUUGAGUCGACAGGAUGACGAAUUUGGUCAGGACUGGGAGCUCGAGGGACUAGCCAUCAGCACAGAUGGGCGGGUGGUGGUCACUGUCCAGUCCCGAAGCGUGAUGAACUCGUCAGCGGCUGCUGAUACUGAGGGGGAUCCGGGAAUGCUACCAGAGUUCGAGCACGAUGUGCUGCGAAACAACAAAAAGGGGUUGCUUAAAUUCUGGGUAAGACAAGCUGCCAACGAGGGCACUGACCAGGAUAUGGGACACUACGAAGAGAAUACCAAAAUCUCCAACCCGCAUGCGCAUCGCACUACAUCCAUACGGCAACUGAACAGCGACUACGCGUUCCUCACGACCUCCCUGGAUUCAGAAUUUAAGUUAUGGCAUCUGAUCCGCAAGCGCGUCGUGAAGAGCGAUGACGCCUUCGCCACUUAUAAGACGCUGGAGAUUGGGGAAGCCGACAGGAACGUGAACCUCGACGAACCCGGCAGAUGUAUGUGGCUAUGCGUGGCGGUUGGUUCUUACAAGAACCUUCCCUGCUUCUCCAGUUCAUUGGCGAUGUCUGGUGGUCUCAUUGCUGUGUCGCACGAUAUCGUGGUCACAUUCUGGCGGACGGAUGCGCAAUGCAGCUCUGUAAAGCUGCUUGGUGCUGUUCCCAUCGUCGAUGAAACUGAGGUGUGUUUUAUCGCCAACGUCUUCAUUUUUAUGCAGCCCACACUGGAGCAAGAGGAUCUACAGGGGUUAGGGGGACACCAUAUGCUGGCGUUCAUCCACCCCGAUCAGCCAAGGCUGAUACUAUACUCCAAGCGGUCACGAUUGAUUAUUGUGGACGUGGCAUCAGGGGUAAUUGUAUGGUCGUACCCACUGGCAGAAGGCCAGGUGGUUGAUCAGGUCAUCUAUUCCCCACAAUUGCCGAAUCUGCUGGCAGUUGCUACAAGCACCAUUGACAUUACGUCCAACGAGUGUUCAGGAGCGCUAGAAAUGUUCUGGCUCAACCAGACCGAAGGUAACGGUCUUGAGAUGGAGCGGUUCUAUGUCGACCACCGUGAAAUAUCGAAAAUCGUGCUUAACAUGUGCCUGGCACCUGCACCGCACGUUUUAGGGUCUGCCGGUAGGAAAGUACAGAAGGGCGAGACGGCGGUUCCUGCGUUUGAUCGCAAUGCCCAUGCGUCGACACUAGUGCUCCUGACAUCCAACUUCAACCUAGAGACCGUGAGCAUCGUGUUGGAUCCAUUCAGCCAAGAAAAACCACGUGUUCAAGGCAUCAAACGAGCUCCAACGACGUUGCCAAGUCUUCGGAGGGUUCCGUCGAUCCAAAGGACACCGCAUUUCGAUGUUGUCAGCUCGCUGUUGGCAUCGCUGCGCUCCGACGCCGCAGCGUCCAAAAAGCGUGCCAAACACAAUAUGGCGGAGCAACUAUGCAAGUCUACCGAGUGGCAACAUCGGGUUCGGCACCCUAUGCCGAAGAGCGUCCUGGGUGCUCUGGUCGACGCUGGGUGCCCUACCUGUGCGCUACCGCCACCAAAUAUCGUGCUGAACCGUCUCCUGCACGUGGCGACGGUUCGCCACCUCAGACAGAGCUAA